GGAGUCGCAAUGGAAGCCACCAUCAACUUGACUGUCCUACUAGAUGCAUUUAUUGUUUUGUACAGCUUAGGGCUUGUUAUUCACCGCCUGUAUUUCUCCCCACUAGCAAAAUUCCCAGGCGCUAAAUUGGCCGCCGCGACGGGAUGGUAUGAGUUCUACUUCGACUAUUGGAAAAGUGGCAAAUACAUUUUUGAGAUUGAGCGCAUGCAUCAAGUCUACGGUCCCAUCGUGAGAAUUAACCCGCACGAGCUAUCCAUCCACGAUCCGGACUUCUAUAAUGAAAUAUACGUCACAGAAAGCAAGCGUCGCACCAGCCACUAUGACGCGUUUGCUCAAGGGAUUGAAUUGGAUGGAAGCCACAUCCUAACAGUUGAUCACAAUCUCCACCGCAAGCGAAGAAAACCUCUAGAGCCUUUCUUCUCCCGGGCGGGAAUUGUUAGACUGGAGCCAGUCCUUGUGGAGAUGGCUCGGAAGCUUGAAUCACGACUCCGCCACGAUAUCAUAAGACGGGUCUGUUUCGGUAAGGAUGAUGAUGUCGGAGGUCUUUUCAUGGAUCAGCCUGAUUUUUUGUCGGAUUGGUACAACAUGAUCCACAGCAUCUUAAAAUAUGUCCCUGUGUUUUCUGGGUUUCCUUUACUUGCUAAGAUUGCGAGUUACAUCCCUGAGUUCAUCCUCCUCAAGGCCUUCCCUCAAGGCCAAUCUCUAAAUCGACAGGAGAAUGUAGCCUUGCAGAGAAUCACCUACGUCAUGAGCUCCAAAAAAACCGCCCAACUUAAGGAUACCCGCCGUGAUGUCUCGCUCUUCCACCAUAUCGUCGAAAGUGAUAUGCCCGAGUCUGAACGACCCCCCAAGCGCCUGGUCCAGGAAGCAAAGAUUCUCCUGGCCGCGGGUACAGUCGUCACCACUACCCACACGAUUGCAUUCGCCUCAUACUAUAUCCUUGCAAGAUUGGAGAUCAAGGCAAAAUUAGAGGCGGAAUUGAGGGACGUGAUGGACGGCUGGCCAGAAAAGGUUCCCACGUUCAGGGAAUUAGAGCGGUUGCAGUAUCUUCAGGCCAUUAUUAAGGAGUCUCUACGGUUGAGCUAUGGCAUUAUGCACCGUCUUCCUCGGAUCUCUCCUGACCUGCCAAUUCAAUACAAGGACUUUACCAUCCCCUGUGGGGCUAACAAGCCAAUUCCUCCCCAGACCCCCGUCGGCAUGUCCGCUUAUUUCAUGCACACAGUCCCAACCGUCUACCCCGAGCCCAUGAUAUUCCGCCCAGAACGCUGGCUCGGUGCCAUUGACCCGGCCAUGCAUCGGAACUACGUUCCCUUCACCCGUGGUUCAAGAAACUGUCUCGGAAUAAAUCUGGCCAUGGCCGAGAUCUCUCUUGUCUUGGCUGUUCUCUACCGUCCUAAUGGGCUGAAGCUGGGGGUGUACGAGACGGAUGAAACGGAUGUGAUUGCGGUGCAUGAUUUUAUGAUACCCAUGCCGAAGCUCACUUCGAAGGGUGUGAGGAUCCUGAUACAUUAA